UGACAUUGACAACUGGGACCAAAUCAUGAGGCUUGCAGGUGAGCCCAACUGGUUUGGUGGGGGUAGUAGAAUCAUCAUAACAACAAGGAAUAUUGAAUUCUUGGUAAAGGAAGGUGAGGAUGACAAUCUCCCAAUCCCUAAUGGUGGACAAUUUUCAUUCUACGAUAUGCUGGAGAUGAAUUCACAUUAUUCUCUUGAACUUUUCUGUGAGCGUGCCUUGGGAUGUGCCAAGCCUCCGCUUAGUUACAUGGAUAUCACAAAAAGGCUAAUCGAUGCACUAGGAGGACUUCCAUUGGCUCUCAAUGUCGUAGGUUCCACGCUCCGUGGAAAAUGCCCAAGUACAUGGGAAAAUGCCCUAUGUAAGUUAAAGAAGGUGAUGAAUGAGGAUGUCAAGAAGAAGCUGAUGAUAAGCUAUGAAGCAUUAGAUCAUAAUCAACAACAAAUUUAUCUUGAUAUUGCAUGUUUCUUCGUCAACGAAAAGAAAACAAUUGUAGUUAAAUAUUGGGAUGUGAUUUUUGGGUAUUCGACCGAAAUCGAGGUCAAUAUCCUCAAGCGCAUGUCUUUGAUAAAAAUAUCCAACGAUAAUAAACUAUGGAUGCAUGACCAACUUAGAGACCUUGGAAGGAGUAUCGUCCAUCCAGAAAGUGGCGAAAUCCAUAUGAAGGGUACAAGAUUGUGGUCUCCCAAGGAUGCCUUUCAUAUAGUGCGAACAGAAACGGGAACCAAGGACGUAGUGGCGCUCAAUCUUGGUACACUUGACCCCCAUAAGACAUACAUAUUUAAGCGCAAGCAAUUCAUGGGCUUGGUCAAUCUUAGGUUCCUUCAAUUGAACCAUGGAAAUUUUGAAGGAGACUUUAAGAAUGUUUUCUUCGAGUUGAGAUGGCUCUCUUGGAGCAAUUGCCCUUCGAAAUUCCGAGCUACCAACUUUGGGUUGAAGAACCUAACGAUUCUCAUGCUAUAUGGGAAUAACGUUACUGAAGAUUGGGGAGGAUGGUGUCAAAUCAUGCUCCUUCAACACCAUGGUGAAAUGUUCUUUUACAUGGACGUCCAGGCUUUGGCAAGACAUAUUAUUGAUGCUACAACAAUGACUUGUUAUCUUCAAUCCAUAUCAGUAAAAGGGCGAGCUGUGGAUAAGUGCAUCGGUACUUUUUAGCAAGCCGCAAGGGUCUUCUUUUCGACUACAUGGAUGUUUAUUGAGUUCCAUUAUGCAAUCUUGUAUUGAACUCUGUUAUUUCCAUACGUUUCACAAUUUUGUGCUUUCUUCUUUUGCUUUUGUAUGCAUUUAAUAGAGGUCCCUUCAUCUAUGCUAGCAGUCGAAAUAGGAUAAUUGCUAGCAGCAAUGAGGAUCCUACCACUAUAGCCAAGAUGCUCUAAUUGUAUUAUUUUAAACAAUAGCAAUGAGGAUUUUCCCAUAACCAAUGAAGAGCCAAGUUAAAAUGGUUCUUGAGUUUUCUCACGCAUGAAUGAGAGAAUCCUCUAUGAAGAUUAAGAGAAAGAUUAAGAUGUAAGAUAUUUGAAGUUUUCCUCUACUAGAAAUUUGAAAUUUAUGAUCAAAUGUCUACUGGAUCAUAUGUUCUGCAUUGACAGCAUUGAUUUUGUGAACAAACUAGAGAAAUUUUGAAUAUUUGAGAGUAAUGGUAAUUUUAAAAUUACAGGUCUGGAUAUAUUCUCGAAGGCAACAGCUAUUGCACCUUGCCUUCUCUUUUUUCAUGAAUUUGAUUCCAUUGUGCUGAAGAGGGGGCAUGAUAAUACGGGGGUCACUGACCAUGUCAUCAAUAAGUUAGUUUCUUGCAUUCAAUGACACUUAUAAAGUGGUCAUGUGAAAUAUAGUUGAUGGUAUGACUCACUAAUAGUAUGUCAUUCAUUGGUGCAGUUUUUUUUACUGAAUCAGAUGGUGUUGAAGUUUUAAGUGGUGUGUUUGUGUUAGUAGGGACAAGGUAAUAAUUUCGUCUUACAUGGUAACAAAAAGUACUCUCUUUACAUAGCACACUAACUAUAAACUACUGUUGGAAAUUGCAUGGCCAUUAUGAAUGCUUUGCCAAAAAAAUUUCUAUGAAGCAUUUAAUAUGAAGACUGCGUAAUAACCUUCAAGGCAGACUAUUAAAUGCUAGACAUGACUUUUCCUUGAUUUAGAAUUGUUUAACUUCGGAUAGAUAGUAUUGGAUAAACUACAUAUGUAUCAAAGAAGGUAACAAACGACAGGAUUGCUUGAAUUACUUUUUAGUUGCUGAAGUAGCUUACAAGAAGUGUAUUGAAUUGGUCUUGAGCCUCUUCAACAGCAUCAACGGAUGUUGAUCAUUUCAGUUUGGGUGUGCCAAAAUCUUGUGAACUCAUCAUCAUUGACUGCCCAAAGCUCAAUAGAGAUGGAUAAGGUAUGUAUCAUUUGAUUGGCAAAGAUAGUCGAUGAUGGCAAGUCCAUAGAACUAGAGUUCGUUUUUUGCUGUGUCCUGUUUUGUGAGUUUUCUUUCAACUAAGCUUUCAUCUUAGUUCUAGAACCACCGCUUGCAUUCGUUCAUCCUCUUAUCUCUGAGCAAAAUUCCUUUUUCGCAUGUCAUGAACAUGCGGUACUUUCACUUGCCUCCAUGGUGGUGAUGCUUUGCUGGUUUAUGUUGCGCAUCAGCAUAAUGUUGGGGUUGACAUACUUCACGGAACGUAACUUGCUUAGAAAGUAAGAACACUGAAGAUGCUAACAAAUAGGUUUUGUUGAAAGGUAGAGGUGGUUGAGAGUACUGGUCAUACCUUAUGUAGUGUUUUUUCAAUUUCACUACAGAACAAUCAUGAUUUGUGAGGAAUGAAAUUAAGGACUUAACGCCUCAUUAGCGAAAGAGUGAAUUGUUGAUACCUUUUAUGCUGUAUGAGUUAUUUAGUUACUUCCUUCAUGAAGAAUUGGAGGUGCUUUUGUAGUUACUUUUGAACUUACAUUGAGUUUGUUUGUCUCUUUGUUAUUCGUUCAUUCCCUCUUAUCUUAAAUUACCAAACACAGUUGGGGAAGAUGUUGCAAUCCGCCAAAUAAGGCAUUUACGUUCUUGAAUUCUUAUUUGUUGUGUUGAUGGCUUAAUGUGCUAAGUAUUAACCUUAGCUUUCGUUUAUUGAAGUACUUAUUUUUAGUACUCAUGAUUAGCUUAAUCAAAGUACAUCAUUUAUUUCAUAGAUCUUGAUUAAGUCAGUCAAGUAGUAGACGUGUUUGGAAACCGAAACUUGAAAGAUCCGCAACUUCCUUUCAUAUCCUUGAGUGUGCUUCCCACAUACUUCAUGCUGUCUGAUCGCUUAAUUCACUUUAUCUUGCUAGAUGAGGGAUUUGUUAUGUUGUUAAAAAAUGGAGUUGUUCCUCAUACUCAAAAUGUGCAAGGAUCCUAUUAUUAUGAUAUGAGUGUCUUUCUUGAUCGAGUAUCUCGACAAGCAAUACUUAUCUAUGUAGUUGAUUCCCAAGUGUCUGUUCUCCAUUAAGUUGCUUUACUUUUCAUGUAACGUCAAAGUCAUCUUUUUAUGAUAAGCUGUCUAAACCUUCUUUUGCAGAUUGACAAUCAAGUGAAGGGAGCUAGUGGUCAUGUUCUGCAGAAUCUUCAAUGAGAUGAUGGGUUUACCUGAGAUUUUGGGACUUAACUACCUAUUAUUGUUUCCCUGAUGCAUUUUGUAUUCUUGUGAGUGAGGUAGAUUAUGCAUGGAUUUUGUUCAAGAAAGCUUGUAUAAUUGCAUUGGUUGUGUCUGAGCUAUAGCUAUUGUUUAUUCUUUUUGGUGACUCAUAACACCUUUCCUCA